AUGCAAUGGAAAAUCGGGAAUACGCGAAGAUUGUGGGUGGUGGCGACGAGAAAUGAAGCCACCACGGCGGCGCCGGUCGUCGAAAAGGGUUUUAACAUCAACGCCGCGCACCACGACUACCUCGGAAAGGUGAUAAGUGCCGUCAAAACGAGAUGCCCGCCCGAUGAUGCCCCGAAAUUCCGAAUGGUCCUCCCGCCGCCAAAUGUGACUGGGCAUCUCCAUUUGGGCCACGCCCUCACAAUCACUGUCGAGGAUGUCGUGGCCAGGCAGAAGCGGUUGCAGGGAUAUAAAGUAGAAUGGAUCCCCGGCUUUGACCACGCCGGGAUCGCCACCCAAUCCGUCGUUGAGAGGGAAUUGUGGAAGAAAGAAGGGCUGCGCAGGGUCGAUCUCCCCGGCAGAUCCUUCCUCGACAAAUGCCACACAUUCUCCUCUAAAAACUAUAAAGUGAUCCGGAACCAGCUGAAGUUGAUGGGCGCCACGCUCGACUGGUCCAAAGAGUAUUACACCAUGGAUUCGGUAUUUUCGACAGCGGUGCACGAGGCAUUCUCCCGGCUGCACAACGACGGGCUGAUCAACGAGGGCGAGCGGUUCAUCCACUGGUGCCCCAAACUACAAACGACACUCUCCGAUCAGGAAGUUGAUCGUGUUCCCGCGGGGCAGCUCUCGAUUCCGGACCGAUUUGGAGGGAAAAGAAGGGUAGAUGCCGGUCAGAUGGUCACCGUCGCCUACGGUGGACAUGGUGGAAAAUGGAACAUCGUGGUGGGCACGACGCGACCGGAAACGUGCUUCGCCGAUGUUGGGCUGGCCGUGCACCCCGAAGACUCCAGAUAUAGCCAUUUAAUCGGUGAAAUGGUGCAGCAUCCGCUUCUCGACAAACGGAUCCCCGUCGUCGCCGAUACAGCUGUGAUACGCGAGAAGGGGACAGGCAUCGUCAAACUGACGCCCAGCCACGAUCAAUUGGAUUGGCAGAUAUGCCAGCGGAAUUCAAGCACCUUCCAGCACUACUCCACCAAAAAAUGCAUCGAUGAGAAGGGGAUGAUGUGCACGGGAAUCGCCGAAUUUGAUGCGCUCGAUCGGUUUGAGGCCCGGAAAAAGGUGAUCGACAUCCUGAGCUCGGUGCGACGCGGCGGAAAGGUCAUGGAUUUCCCGGGAGCCCAGGUUUUGGUGUGCUCCCGUUCGGGGGACAUUAUCGAGCCGCGUUUGAUGCGCCAAUGGUAUCUCGACACAAUUCCCCUACAUCAUCAUGCGUUGAAAGCCAUCCACGAGGGAAAGAUAAAAAUCCAGCCAACCGGGCAGAAGCAGCGCCUAGUGGAUUGGCUGUCGAAUGUUGAGCCGUGGUGUCUGAGUCGACAACUGGAAUGGGGACAUCGAAUACCCGCUUAUAAGAUGAGAAACAAGGGAACUGCCGCAGAGAACAGCGACUGGCACAUUGCCCACUCUGCCGAGCUAGCCGCCCGCUAUUUUGGCUGCAAAGAAUCGGAUCUGGUGGCCGAGACCGAUGUCCUUGAUACCUGGUUCAGUUCUGCGCUGGUGCCCCUGGUGACGGCUGGAUGGUGUCGUGAUUCGACCCAAAUGGACCCCACCCGUUUCACAGAGCCAAUGAUCGAUCUGAUGGAGACUGGCCAUGAUAUUAUCGGAUUCUGGGUGGCCAGGAUGAUUGCAUUGACCAUACAUCUGACGAUGGGCACGGUCCCGUUUCACCGCGUGUUUCUCCAUGGAUUGGUCAGAGACGCUGAGGGCAGGAAGAUGAGCAAGUCGCUGGGCAACGUGAUCGAUCCGUUGGAUGUGAUUGGCGGAAUUUCACUGGAAAAGAUGCUGCAGCGACUCGAGGACAGCAAUUUGGACGCCGCGGAAAUUGCCGUCGCCCAGCAGAAUAUGAAGGCCGCCUUCCCGAAUGGCCUGCCGAGGGCCGGGACUGAUGCGCUGCGAUUCGCGCUGUUACGACAUGAUCUCGGGGCUGCUGACGUGCCGAUUGCCAUCAGUCAAUUGAUCGAUGAGGGGCUCAA